CUUUAACAUGUAAAGUUAAAUAUUUGAGCUUUUAUUCUUGCAUAACACAGAGAUGAACAACACCUACUAAUCUACGGUGGCAUUUCUAGUAUUUUUCAUACGUCGCUAUUACUCCUUGCAUCAUUGUCUUUUUAUUUAAGUCAGUGUAUUCUUUUUUACUCAACAACAACCAUCCAAUUGCAGGGCCCCAGCCCAUGUUUGAAACCUAUGUGUGGAGUAUACGCAUGGAUGCAUACGAUUGAUCCAGAUUUCAAAGGUUAAUUUUCGAUUCAAGGGGACUUAGUCAUGGCAUUUGAUUGAGUCCCAGAAGCUAGAGAACCUUCCAGUCUCUUAAGCGAUGAGUCAAAUAACCUCCUAACGGGAUGUUGAUGGAACAAGUCACAAUCUUUUUCCGAAUAACAUUCAAAGUUCAUAUUAUGGUAACAUUUGAAUAUUGAAUAUCAUCUGCGUAUUGAAAUAUGUAUGCAUACGGAGGACUUCACGGCGCUCAAAGUUGCACCACCAACCUACUAUCUCAUUCCUACAAAGACACCCUACAUGAAACUUGUUUUGUAAACCAUGAGCAAAUCACUCAGGAAACCGUUAUUCUACCUGAUCAUUUUUCUCUCUCUUUACCCCUCCACUUCCAGGGACUCCCUUACCCCUACCACGAAUCUUGCCGAUGGAGAUGUCUUGCUUUCAUCUACCGGAACCUUUGCACUGGGAUUCUUUACCCCUGACAACUCCACCACCAGCAACAGAUACAUCGGCAUAUGGUACAACAAAAUACCAGGACAGACCGUAAUCUGGGUGGCAAAUCGCUUUCACCCAAUUAAUGGUACCACUGGAAUCUUAUCGAUUACCAAAAAUGGAAGUCUUGUUAUUACUGCUGGUGGUUUCCCCAUCAUCUGGUUAUUUGUUUCGACGAAACAAGCUACUAAUCCAAUAGCCCAGUUAUUGGAUACUGGUAAUUUUGUUGUUGCUGACGACACUGAUUCUAACAGCAUAGCAUGGCAGGGCUUUGACUAUCCAACCGAUACUUUGAUCCCGGGCAUGAAGGUCGGAUGGGAUGCUAAAAGUGGUCUGAAUCGCAACCUCACUGGAUGGUCAAGUUCUACAGAUCCGUCACCUGGAAUAUACACAUUAGCAGUCGACCUCCAUGGUGAUCCUCAAUUGAUAUUUUGGGCUGGUUCUGUCCGAGAAUGGAGGUCUGGUCCCUGGAUUGGAAGAAUAUCAUUCUAUGACAACGAUUCCAUGGACGCAUUUUCAUUCACUUUCAUUAACAACAAGAACGAGGUUACUUACACGGCUGAUAUGGUGAACAAUGCUACGCUGACUAGGUUGGUGGUGAAUCCAUCUGGGCUCAUACAAAGAUUAGUAUUGCUUGAUUCUGGUGAAUGGGGUCAGUAUCGGUAUUUACCAGCGACCCAGUGUGACCUGUUCGGUGUAUGUGGGCCCAACAGCCUGUGCUACAUUGAUACCCUACGAGCUUGCAGUUGCUUGCCGGGGUUUGAGCCCAAGUCACCAUAUGACUGGGCCUUAAAGGGCUUUACUGGUGGGUGCAUUAGGAAGACAUCAUUAGACUGUAGGAAUGGAACUGAUGGAUUUGUGCCAGUGCAAAGGACAGUUUUACCUGAUACGGUGCAGGCAACGGUGGACAUGAGUAUGAGCUUCGAUGAAUGUAGGGCAGAAUGCUUGAGGGAUUGUUCUUGCACAGGUUUUGCUAGUGCUGAUAUCCAGGGGUGUAUUAUCUGGACUAGUAACCUUAUGGACGUGCAAAUGUACAACAUGGGUGGACAGGAGUUCUACCUGCGGUUGGCAGCAGCAGAUAUAGAAUCAAUAUCAAGCCAGUCUCAUAAACGAGGGCACACAAUCUUAGCUGUCGUGCUGAGUGUAGUCUUGGCGAUACUAAUACUUGCCUGUAUUAUUUUCUAUACAUUGAGGAAGAAGAAAAGAAGUAGAGGUACUUCUGUUAAUGAAAAUGCUGAAGAAAGUACUAGAGAAGAUAGCAUGGAGCUGCCUCUGUUUGAUUUUGAUCUCAUAGAGAGAGCAACCAACAAUUUCUCUGAUGAUAAUAAGAUUGGAGAAGGUGGAUUUGGUCCUGUUUACAAGGGAAAGUUGGGACAGGAAAUAGCUGUAAAGAGACUCUCGAAGGCUUCAGUACAAGGUCUGGAAGAGCUAAAGGCUGAGAUAGCGCUAGCGGCAAAGCUUCAGCAUCGAAAUCUGGUUAGGCUUCUGGGAUGUUGCACUCAAGGGGAUGAAAGGAUGUUAGUCUAUGAGUACAUGCCAAACAAGAGUUUAGAUGCCUUCCUGUUUGGUAAUUUGUUUCUCCUCUUUGUUUCUUCAUUAUGAUGCUAUUUUCAUUAUUAUUUACUGUCACAAAAUACUCCUUAAUCAUCAUAUCAUGAUCUUGCAUCAGCUUGUCUGAAUAACUGUUAAAAGUUCAAGUUAA